GAAGCUUCAUCGGGGAAGUAGCUGCGCUGGAAGGAAGUUCUGCUUCGGUUGUGAAACGAGCCAUCGAGGCGUGAGUGUCUACGCGAGUAACAGUUUUCCGGCUCGAUUCCCAAAACUUUCACGGUUAUUCGCUUGAGCCCCGACGACUUCGUGAGAGAUUGUCUUCUGGUAUAGAAAACGAGAGCUGAUGAAUAGCGAACGGAAGUCGAUCAUCUAAGCGGAUCGGAAGCUGUGAACCGAGGACGUUCUCACGACUCCAAGAAUAAAGUGUCGGAUAUUUAGUGCUCGUUACAACAAGACAAUAAUCUUUACGUGAAUAAGGAUAUACUAGCUUCAACGCGGAUUUUAAAAAGCAAUAUCGAUAGAACAAUGCGGUGAUAUCCAAAGAAGCCAAAUCGAAAAGCAUACAUAUCAACUCAUAUCAUCUCACUUCAACCAGCAACAAUUUCUGACAACGUCGUCGAAGCAACAUAACGAAGCAUAUCAGAGGGAAGAAACGAUGGUCCAACGAUGAUCCUGUCGCUAGCAAGGUGUAUCAGGUGUCGAUCAAGCUGGAUCGACGAGACUCUUCGUCACGAUCUAUCCUAACCAUACCUGUCAGAUAACUUUGCACGGUGUCCGGAUCGGACGUGAUCAAAAAGACCGCCGCCUGUGUUCCCCGUCCUCUUUCGAUCACGCGAAAUUUCAAAGGGGAGCAGAGGAGAGAAAGACACGAUAGGAUGUUGUUGAGGUAACGCGACCUCUCGAGCCGGCUGAACAACGAUCUCUAAUCGAACCGUGCUCGAACAACGAAGGGAUAGCAGGUGACGAAGAGCUGUGGAUUCCAAAGAGGCAAAGUCCAGGGCUGUGAGUCAAGGAUGGGUUUCCCCAGGAGGAGAUCCCUGUGGCUGAAGGUGGCCAUUUUAGCAACGGCGGUCUGGGCCACCGUGUGCUUCCUCUUGUACACGGAAGACCGUGCGAACGUAGCUGUGCAGGGUCUGGCGCCGUCCGGCGUUGCGGCGCCCCAAAUGGCCAACGGAUUCGUGCCUGCAGCCGCACCUCUCAGAAAAGAGACGCCGCUUAACGCGCAGCCGAAGCCAAAGGUCGCUCAGGGCGGACCCGAGCAAGGCGGUGGUGUGCUCGUUGCUCCUCGCGAGCAAGAUUCGAACGCGCCUGGCGAAAUGGGAAGGCCCGUGAUUUUGCCAACGAAUAUGACUGCCGAAAUUAAGAAACUCGUUGACGACGGUUGGCUAAACAACGCGUUCAAUCAGUACAUCAGUGACCUCAUUUCUGUUCAUAGAACACUGCCUGACCCACGUGAUCCAUG